AUGGGAAUGUGGGAGGAAGCGAGUGACCCAGUGAUGGGGAAGAAGGAUAAAAAUGAGGAGCGGAAGGAGAGAAUCCUGAAUCUCACACUGGAGAUUAUCUAUCUGCUGACUGGAGAGGGCUACGUCAUCCCUAAGAAGAAGAGCCCAACUGUGGGUUUGGGGGCCCUGCAUGCCCCUGGCUCCGUCAUACAGAAGGAAAAUGACAAGAAGAUCCUGGAACUCAUCUCCAACAUCAUCCAGCUGCUGACUGGAGAGGUUGCCAUAAGGUGUGAGGAUGUUUCCAUCUAUUUUUCCUUGGAGGAGUGGGAGUAUAUAAAAGGAAACAAGGCCCUUUACAGGGAAGGGAUAAAGGAGGAGGAGGAGCCCCAGCAGCUCCGCCCACUGGCCUGUGAGUAUAAAGAUGGGAGCGAUGUUACAGCACAUACGGAAGCAACUUUAUGUUGUAAUAAUGAUGGGAAUCUCACAAACCCUGAUGUUUCUCCAGCGGAACAGCCCCCACCAGCCAAUGGGAUUAAAGAGGAAGAGGCUUCAUGGGAAGGGGGAAACCAAUCAGAUUGCAGCAUUAAUCCCCUUACAGAACAGAUACAGGGAACAGACACGCCUACUCCUAUCAUGGGGUGCAGCCUGAAUAUAUCGGAGGGUAUUAAAGAGGAACCGUCUUCCUGCGAAGAGGAAAACCAAUCAGAUUAUAAUAUUAUUACAGUUUCAGAACCAGUACAGGGAACAGAUACACCUACUAGUAUUAUGGGAUGCAGCCUGAAUAACAGUUUUUCAGCCAAUUAUAUAGCAGAUGGGAUUAAAGAGGAGGUGGCCUCAUGGGAAGGGGGGAACCAAUCAGAUUGCAGCAUUAAUCCCCUUACAGAACAGAUACAGGGAAUAGAUACACCUACUCCUAUCAUGGGAUACGGCAUAAUUAGCAGCCUCUUUAAAAUGAGGGGUAAUAAAAAUCAUGAAGAUGCCCACUGGUCCCCAGAUAAAUCUGACAUGACAAAAAAUACAUUAAGUGGGAAAUACAGCUGUAAUGAGUGUCAUAUACAUUUUAGUAAUAAGAAAGACUUAUAUAAACAUCUACGAACCCACAAAACAGAGAAACCAUUUUCUUGUUCUGUAUGUGGGAAAUGUUUUUCAGAUGGUUCCAACCUUGCUCGUCAUCGAUGGACUCACACAGGGGAGAAACCAUUUUCUUGUUCUGUAUGUGGGAAAUGUUUUUCACAUCAAUCCAACCUUGCUCGUCAUCGAUGGACUCACACAGGGGAGAAACCAUUUUCUUGUUCUGUAUGUGGGAAAUGUUUUUCACAUCAAUCCAACCUUGCUCGUCAUGGAAGGACUCACACAGGGGAGAAACCAUAUUCUUGUUCUGAAUGCAGCAAAUGUUUUGCCACUUCAUCAGACCUUACUGCACAUUACAGAACCCACACAGGGGAGAAACCAUUUCCUUGUCCUGAAUGUGGGAAAUGUUUUGCCACUUCAUCAGAACUUGCUGUCCAUCGACGACGAAUCCACAUGGAGGAGAAACCUUUUACCUGUCUGAAAUGUGGGAAAAGUUUUACCUUUUCAUCAGACCUUACUGCCCAUCGACGACGAACCCACAUGAAGGAGAAACCUUUUUCCUGUACUGAGUGUGGGAAAUGUUUCUCAAUUCGUUCCGACCUUGCUCGUCAUCGAAGGACUCACACUGGAGAGAAACCAUUUCCUUGUUCUGAAUGUGGGAAAUGUUUUGUCACUUCAUCAGAACUUUCUCUACAUCGACGACGAACCCACACAGUGGAGAAACCUUUUUCCUGUGCGAAAUGUGGGAAAUGUUUUUCAAUUCCAUCCGAUCUUGCUCGUCAUCGAAGGAGUCACACAAACCCACGAUGUUUUUCUUGUUCUGAGUGUGGGAAAUGUUUUUCCACUUCAUCAGAACUCACUGCCCAUCUGAGAACCCACACAGGGGAGAAACCUUACUCUUGUUCUGAAUGUGGGAAAUGUUUUACAAAUCAAGGUCAUCUUGCUUGUCAUCAAAUGACUCACACAGGGGAGAAACCAUUUUCUUGUUCUGAGUGUGGGAAAUGUUUUGCCACUUCAUCAGAACUCACUGUCCAUCUGAGAACCCACACAGGAGAGAAACCAUUUUCUUGUUCUGAAUGUGGGAAAUGUUUUGCCACUUCAUCAGAACUCACUGUCCAUCUGAGAACCCACACAGGAGAGAAACCAUUUUCUUGUUCUGAAUGUGGGAAAUGUUUUGCCACUUCAUCAAAACUCACUGUCCAUCGGAGAACCCACACAGGGGAGAAACCUUACUCUUGUUCUGAAUGUGGUAAGUGUUUCGCAAAUCAAGGUGACAUUGCUCGUCAUAAUAAGUCUCACACAGGGGAGAAAACUUACUCUUGUUCUGAAUGUGGGAAGUGUUUCACAAAUCAAGGUGACAUUGCUCGUCAUAAUAAGUCUCACACAGGGGAGAAAACUUACUCUUGUUCUGAAUGUGGGAAGUGUUUCACAAAUCAAGGUGACAUUGCUCGUCAUAAUAAGUCUCACACAGGGGAGAAACCAUACUCUUGUUCUGAAUGUGGGAAAUGUUUUUCAAAUCGAGGUGAUCUUGCUCGUCAUCAAAGGAUUCACACAGGAGAGAAACCAUUGUGUGGGAAACGUUUUACCCGUUCAUCAGGACUUACUAAUCAUCGAAAAAGCCACACAGGAGAGAAAGGUUUUUCUUGUUCUGAAUGCACAAAAUGUUUUACAACUCAACAAUCCCUUACUCGUCAUCAAAUGACUCACACAGGGGAGAAACCAUACUCUUGUUCUGAAUGUGGGAAAUGUUUUGCAAAUCACACUUUAUAAUUCACAAAAAAAAACCCUAAAACUUAAUGUGUGAAAUGUUUUAUAAAACAGGCCUCCAGCAAACAUCUCUUUGACAUCAGUUAUAUCUUGAUAUACAUGUUUGAAAUAUUUUAUCACUUGUUUAGACCUUAGUUCCAUCGACGAAGUACCCACACAGGAA